AUGGCGACCGUGGAAACAUUGAUCUCCGCCCCGAUACCUUCCUCGCCAGCAUGGCUCCAAUUCGGCAAGCGGCCAUUGCUGGCCAGUAACAAAGAGGUCUUCCCGUCGAAGAGGGUUGCCUCAAUGUCAGAACUUGUCACCUUUGAUGCGUCGAAACAUCUCAAGUUCACCCCGCCCUCAAAAUUGUACACGAUGGAAGAGCUGGGCUUCUCUGAUAGCAAAGGGGUUUCUCCUGUUGGUGUCUCGGAGCCAUUCUCAUUAUUUUCUGCCGAAGCUAUCCAGCAAAUGAGGAAGGAGAUUUUGAACCCGGAGGUGCGAAAGAAGUAUGAAUAUUCGAGCAGUCUGGCUCAAUGUCAACUGCGAGGAUACGCAGCGGACUGUGCGCCGUUCAUUUAUGAUGCGUGGAAAAGCCCCGAGACCCUAGAGAUUAUCUCAAGUAUCGCUGGUGUCGACCUUGUCCCUGUCAUGGACUUUGAGAUUGGCCAUAUCAACUUCUCCGUGAGCAGCGAGGAAGAUAAAUCGAGAGAUCUUGCUGCUGAAGCAGAGAAACAAGAGCGCGAGGCCAGGAGUGAGCAGCAGGAAGAUGAAAGUCCUAUCGUGGACUGGCACACUGAUAGUUAUCCCUUUGUUUGCGUGACUAUGCUGUCCGAUUGUACGGACAUGAUCGGCGGCGAGACUGCUCUCAGAAAUGGAAAUGGCGAGGUGGUGAAAGUUCGAGGGCCGCAAAUGGGCUCGGCUGUGGUUUUGCAAGGUCGGUAUAUCGAGCACCAAGCGCUUCGGGCACUUGGUAUGACAGAGCGGAUCACAAUGGUGACAUCUUUCCGCCCCCGAUCGUCAUCCAUCAAGGAUGACAGUGUUCUCACAACGGUCCGUCCUAUCUCGAUACUUGGUGAUUUGUAUCAUCAAUUCGCGGAGUAUCGCUUCGAGAUGCUCCAGGACCGGUUCCGUGACGCCAAUCGGUUCAUGCGGGACCAGAAAAGAGCAAGACGUCAAUUUGAUACGGUUAGCCUCAAGGUUUUCAUCCGCGAACAGAUCGAUUUCUUGGAGCAUAUGGACAAGGAGAUUGUUGAAGAUGAUAAGGUCCAGAAGGGCGUGGUUGAUGACAGCCAUCUUCGCUCGGAGGAACUGAAACAGCAAUGGCACAAGAAACAGGCCCGCGCUGCGAAAGAGUAG